AUGAAUUUUUCUAUAAGGAACGGACAGCUUCUAUUCUUUGCCUGUUUCAUAUCAUCACUUUUUGAUGUUUUGCACGGAAUCGAGUACUUUGGAGUUUCCGUCGGAGAAUUUAGUGGAACCGAUGUUGAAGGGGAAGUGUUCUUGGUGAACUCUACACAUUUACAAAUACUAGAUUUCAAGACUAACAAUCCAAAUUCACCUCCUUCCCCAUUUGUGUUCAUAUCUGCAAGUGGUGAAAAAAGCAAACCGCAGAUCUACAAAUAUCACACUUCUCGGAACACUGAAUGGAUUGAAAAGUUGGUUUCAUUGGGGAAAGAGCAACACAAAACACACACGAGGCUAAUUGUCAAAAUGACUGGCUCAGCUGCCCAGUGGAAGAAAUUUGCGGUGGUGGAUUUGAAUGGGAAAGUCAUAGGCUCGGUCGACCUGAAUCAAAAACCACCACAACCAUUUUGCUGUUUUGAGAGCGAGCCAGAUAUGGGACUUUUUGGAGAGUACGGUAUCAUUUCUGACCCAAUUGAAGUGAUUGAUUCCCGCACAUUAAGAAUCCCCAGAUUCUCAUAUAAAGCAUCACAAACUCCAGAUGGAUAUUUCUUCGCUGGUGCUGGAAAAGAUAUCGACACAAAAACAGGAGAAAAAGCAGUUAUUGUUGGGAAGGAUUUGAGUGUCAAUACGUGCCCAAUGUUGAAAGACAUCACCGAUGAGACAAUGAUUGUUCGAUUGGAUCCAAGUCAAACAAUUUAUGACAUUGAAUGGAUCAGUGUGUUCUGCUACAAGUACUCACAUGACUUUGGACACUUGGACAUUGGAUUAGUAGAAAAUGAAGAACAAGUUCCUCCCUAUAUUCCGGAUCUUAGAAGUUCUGAGCCUUCUGCUAUUCAGAAAUGUUAA